AUGUCGUCAGACACUUACACGAUGCAAGAACCCCAAGACCUGAGCAUGCAGCAGCAGCGGUCAGUGGACCCACAGGAUAGGCUGAUGGAUUGUGUGCCACCACUUGGUGCACCUGUGAACAGGGAUGAAGAGGUGGCACGUGCUGCGGAGGAGGCUGCUUCUGCAGCUUCUCUGAUGCGCCUGGCAUCGGAGGUGUCUCUGGAGGCACAUGGCUACGUGCCACUCCGCCGCCUCGGGGGCUCGACCACGGCGACGGUGAUGGUGGUGCAUCGGCUGGGCUUGCCGGAGCGGCAGUUUGUGGUCAAGGCCAUCGCCCUUCGCGGCCUGGACGCGCAGGGCCGCCUGCGCGCUCUCAAGGAGAUACAGAUCCUGAAAAGCUUACGGCACGAGAGCAUCAUCGAGUACAUCGAGAGCUGGUGGAUAGGUGCUGGCCCUGACUCGGGACGCCUGACACUUGUCAUGGAGUGCGCUGAGAACGGCGACCUGCGUGUGCCGGUGCAAGCUGCGGGCCAGACCGGGAAGCACUUAGAGGAAGUCCUGAUCCUCAGCUGGCUUCAGCAGAUGCUGAGGGGUUUGGACCAUGUCCACCAGAAGGAAAUCAUUCACAGGGACCUGAAAGCAAUGAACGUGUUCCUAAAGGACACGUGGCGGACGUGCAAGCUGGGAGACUUCGGAAUCUCAACCGCGCUGAAAAGUGGAAAGUCGGCAUCGGGCUGCGUGGGCACUCCUGCGUACAUGGCCCCCGAACUUCUUUGGAAUCAGCGCUACGCGUCGGCUGUAGACAUGUGGGCCAUCGGUGUCGUCCUGUACGAGCUCAUGGCCCUGAAGUUGCCUUUCUGUGGUUCCAACGUCCUGGCUCUCGUUUACCAGAUCGCGUUCAACACCCAUGAUCCCGAACCCCUGCAGCUUGGAGGCUAUUCCGCUCCCUUGGUUGAGCUCGUCGCGCGGUUGCUAGACAAGGACCCCACGCAGCGGCCCAGCGCGUGCCAGCUUCUGAGUGAGCCUUUGUGGGACAGUUUCUCUUUCGAGGCUGCCGGGACACUGGCAGCAGCUUCCUUCAACGAAAGCUUGUCGUCCAACCUCUUGUCGCAUGCCCGCCUGGGUGAGCUCUGCCAGGCUGAGCAGGCUGAGCAUGUCAGCACGCCAGGGCUCACCGUGCCAGCGCCGCAGAUGCCCACCGGAACUGGCAGCGACUGGGGCGAUGCCAUCGCUCUGUUGGCAUCGAUGGGUACUGACAUGUCCGGGAUGGUACCUGCGACCUUGGCUACUGCUGAGUCGCUGGGGAGUGUGGUGUCGGACGUCAAGCUUUGGGAGGAAAUCUUGCGUACCAGAGAAGAAAGUGACGCCAUCUCCCUUGAUCGUUUCGAGGAGCUGUUGAGAUCCAUAGGCAGCUCCAAAUCUGAUGUGCCUGCACCAGCACCGCCGCCGCCUCCGCCGGUGCCCUGUUUAGAGGAGCCACAAGAAGCUUGUGGUGUCAGCCCGGCUCCACAAGUCUAUGAGGAGGCCGAGGCGAAUCUAGCCCGUGCCGCUGAAGAUGUGGCCUUUGCGGCUUCGCUUCACAGGAUGGCUGCGGAGAUCUCCCUCGAAUCGCAUGGUUACCAGCCACUCCGCCGCCUCGGGGGCUCCACCACGGCGACGGUGAUGGUGGUGCAUCGGCUGGGCUUGCCAGAGCGGCAGUUUGUGGUCAAGGCCAUCGCCCUUCGCGGCCUGGACGCGCAGGGCCGCCUGCGCGCUCUCAAGGAGAUACAGAUCCUGAAAAGCUUACGGCACGAGAGCAUCAUCGAGUACAUCGAGAGCUGGUGGAUAGGUGCUGGCCCUGACUCGGGACGCCUGACGCUUGUCAUGGAGUGCGCUGAGAACGGCGACCUGCGUGUGCCGGUGCAAGCUGCGGGCCAGACCGGGAAGCACUUAGAGGAAGUCCUGAUCCUCAGCUGGCUUCAGCAGAUGCUGAGGGGUUUGGACCAUGUCCACCAGAAGGAAAUCAUUCACAGGGACCUGAAAGCAAUGAACGUGUUCCUAAAGGACACGUGGCGGACGUGCAAGCUGGGAGACUUCGGAAUCUCAACCGCGCUGAAAAGUGGAAAGUCGGCAUCGGGCUGCGUGGGCACUCCUGCGUACAUGGCCCCCGAACUUCUUUGGAAUCAGCGCUACGCGUCGGCUGUAGACAUGUGGGCCAUCGGUGUCGUCCUGUACGAGCUCAUGGCCCUGAAGUUGCCUUUCUGUGGUUCCAACGUCCUGGCUCUCGUUUACCAGAUCGCAUUCAACACCCAUGAUCCCGAACCCCUGCAGCUUGGAGGCUAUUCCGCUCCCUUGGUUGAGCUCGUCGCGCGGUUGCUAGACAAGGACCCCACGCAGCGGCCCAGCGCGUGCCAGCUUCUGAGUGAGCCUUUGUGGGACAGUUUCUCUUUCGAGGCUGCCGGGACACUGGCAGCAGCUUCCUUCAACGAAAGCUUGUCGUCCAACCUCUUGUCGCAUGCCCGCCUGGGUGAGCUCUGCCAGGCUGAGCAGGCUGAGCAUGUCAGCACGCCAGGGCUCACCGUGCCAGCGCCGCAGAUGCCCACCGGAACUGGCAGCGACUGGGGCGAUGCCAUCGCUCUGUUGGCAUCCGUUCGAAGCGAGGAGGUACUCGACAGUAUCACUGGCGAGCGGAUCCCCAGCAGAGACGUGGAAGCGUUGGCGACAGCAUCGCUGGGCAGCUAUGUCACAGCAGAACAGUUAUGGGAUGGUUUGCAGAAAACCAGACAUGAGAGUAACACUGUGGAACGAGGUCAACUGGACGACUUGCUGGAUGAACUUCACGGCAUGCUGCCGCCUCCGCCGCGGCCCCCACCCCCGCCAGGCGCAGGAGAUGAAAAGCCGGCGGCAGCAGCUGAGCCAGCUGACCCUGUGGAGGACUCCUUUAAGCUGGCUGCUCGGGUGGACCUCUUUCUGAAGCGACGAGGUCAGCACACGAGUCCUCCAAUCUGA